AUGAGCAUUAAUUCCCUUCCCUUGGAGAUACUUGGUGUCAUUUUCCACGAGUAUGUGCACAGUGCACACUUACGCAACAAGGAAAUAUUUUGGGCACCAGUUAGAAUUUCGAGCGUUUGCCGACGAUGGCGUGACGCAGCCCUCUCACUCGGUGUAAUUUGGACCUAUCUGGACUACGACUUUCAUUACAAUCCACGGAAAAACCUGUUAGAGAUUCUCGACAUAUGGCUUUGCAGAUCUAAUGGAGUGCCACUUAAUUUCUCGUUCAAUUUUUACCUCAAGCACUGCUGGUCUGAAGAAGAUAACGAAGUAGCCGAGCGUGCCGUUCUGAUGUUGCUUUCUCACCAAUGGCAUUGGGGGAAAGUCAGAUUCAACUGGCGAUUCAUGACAUCUCCCAACUUUCCAGGUAUAUGGCUUACAAACAUGCCCAAAUUGACAUCGCUUGACUUGUACAUCAAGCUUGAUGGUGGUUUUUACAAAGGAGGCGGAUGUAUCAAUUUUUCGCAGUCUUCGAGACUUGAAUAUCUACGCCUCAAUUGUCCGAUUCCUCUAGGCGUUGAGGACAAGCCAUUGUACUUGCCAGUGGUAGCAACGAUCGAUCUCGAUUUGCAUGGCCAUUCCUCGACACACAUCACUGUGUCGCAAUGCCUGGAUGUCAUUGAGGCGGCUCCGAAUCUGAGGAAAUUUCGGACUUCCUCCUGUACGGUCAACGAAGCAGUGAAUUACGAGGAACGUCCUAUCACCUCGCACAACCUUCGGAUCCUUGUUCUAUGGGGAGGCAGUGCUUCACUCGUAAUCAAUAAAUUGGAUCUUCCCGCUUUGACGGUUUUGACAUGCAUCGACCAUUGCUUUGAUAGCGCAGGCGAAAAUUUCGUGUCGUUUGUCACACGCUCAUUGCCACCAUUAACUCAUUUGGCGAUCGGUGGCAACUGUACUGAUGAAACCGCGGUUAUGCACAUCCUUCCGCUUCUGCCCCUACUUCGUGUGCUUGAUAUGGACCCUUGUACUGUUUCAGCACGGCUUUUUCAGUUCUUUUCUGCUCCAAAUAGGGCCUCUACUGUAGGGAGUUGCAUCCACAAUGCACAUGAGCAGAUUGUAUGUCCCGAUCUCGGAUGGGUUUGCUUCUUUAACUAUUCCAUCGUGGGGGAAGAACGUGAAUGUGCCGAUGCAUUAUGCACUAUGCUAGAGUCGCGCUGGGAUUUUUUGAAGUUUGCCAGGGAAAGGGUUGGGAUCGACGGGCCAAUUUCUGAUGCUGACUGCGAAAGGAUGCAGCAUCUUAUCUGGGAUACAAAGGACUUUUCUAUUGGCAAGGCCAGGGACGAAAGGGAUAUGAACUUUCCAGGUCUAUCAGCUUUUGAGUAG